GAAAGUCGGGAUAAUUUUUAUGUUGGAAAUCGGCUCCCCAAGCAGAAGAUUUUUUUUUUUCUUUUUCAUUUUUGGUGGGGGUAUGUGUUAAACCAGGAACAAAAGGUUCACCUGUUCCAUAUUCCACUUUCAGCUCUCCCACUACUUUUUCUGGUAUGCUAUUAUCUCUUUCUAGUGUCAUGUAUCGGGACACUAGAGAGUUUUCUGUUAUAUCGUGGUCUUGAAUUUGCCCGAGUAGACAAAAUUCUUCUAAUAGUUCUGCAGUCUUGGGUCACAGGAUGGCUGGAGCUGCAGCUGUCAGAUCUUUCACUGAUGCUCGUAGUUGUGCCUGUCUAUGCUUGGACUCCAUGGUAUCAGGUAGCUUGAGUGUCAAGACUAACGUGGAUUUGGUCUUGUCCAAGAACUUGUCAGGGAGAAGGAAUGUGAAGAAACUGAAGUCUGUGGAUUUGGCAGCUCUUUCUUGGAUACCAGGUCCAUGAAAAGGCUUUCUUGUGGUACACGAGGUUCUUCAAAAAUGAAAAAGAAGCUUCGUCAUCUUAGCAUUGUUGAUGAGUUUGGAGGACAAUAUGAGGAAGGUUUUGAUGAUGUGAAAGAUGAAAUAAUCAACUACUUGACAUAUAAAGCUGUGAGGACUGUUCUUAACCAACUCUAUGAGAUGAACCCACCAAAAUACACUUGGUUUCACAACUUUGUUGCAGACAAUGUGCCUAACACGGGGAAGGGUUUCCUUCAAAAGCUUGCAAAGGAAAGGCAGGAUCUUGCUGAAAGAGUGAUGAUAACACGGCUUCACCUGUAUGGGAAAUGGAUUAAGGCAUGUAAUCAUGGUGAAAUAUACAACGAAAUUUCGGAUCAGAACUUGGAACUGAUGCGUGAGCGACUAAUGGAAACCAUCAUAUGGCCGUCAGAUGAAACAAAUACUGAGAAAAGAGACUGAAGGGAGAUGUUUCUUCCAGCAUUUCAAUCCUUUUGCUUCAGCAAUCUGCAAAUGCUGCUAAUCAUUCAUAUAGAUGGCUCUAGCCCUGUAUAUUCUAUUUUUAAUACAUGCAUUUAGUACUUUGUCCCCAGUGUACCUUUGGAAGAAUGAUGAUCUGUAACGUCUUUAGUUGGAGUGAAACAGUAUAAUGCUGCUUCACAGAACGUUUAAAAUUUCAAAUUCGUUAUGGCCGUUGCAUUCAUUCAUCCGGAAAAUGCUAAACCAGAAAAGCAAAAUGCAGUCAUAGAAGGUUGUAAGAACAAAGAAAUAAGUAACAAGUACUGAUUAAUUA